AUGUUCAACGCGACUCGGCAAUGGUUCCGCCGGAAUAGGACGCCUCUUGCAAUCGGCGUGGGUGUUGUCGGUGCCGGCUACGUCGUGACGCAGUAUGUUCUCGGCAAGAUUAACGAUGCGCGAGAGCGCAUGAGCAGCGAUCGCAUCGCGAAGGAGAACCUUCGCCGUCGAUUCGAGCAGAACCAGGAAGACUGCACCUUCACUGUCCUCGCGCUUCUUCCUUCCGCAACGACCAACAUCCUUGAGGCCAUGAAUACGGAGAGCAUCACGUAUGAGAUUCAGAAGAUGAAAGGUCAAGCAAAGAGCGUCAGAAGUGGCGCGGACAGUGUGAGCCCGCCAAGCAUCGCCGAUACCACUUUGACAGCCGACGACGAUGGCCGCAGCGUGGUCAGCAGCGGCGUGCAGAGCGAGAGCGGCCUGCACGCCAGCCAGAUGACAGUACCCAGUGCGGCUGCAACCUCCACGGGCGAAGGCGCACAAGAUGGUGGUGCGGCGGGUGCGGCGGCUGCACAGAAGGCGAAGAAGACGAAGCGGCAGUUGUGGGAUGAUUUAACGAUUAGCUCCAUUACGAGAGCGUUUACGCUGCUCUACACACUCGCUCUCCUGACGAUGCUGACGAGAGUCCAACUGAACCUCCUCGGCCGACGCAGUUAUUUGUCGAGUGUAAUCUCCCUUGCGACUGGUGCCGCCCAGGCGACCAUCAGCCUUGAGAACAACGACGACGACGGGCUAGAGCCCUAUGGCAAUGACUUCGAAACCAACCGCCGAUAUCUGACUUUCAGUUGGUGGCUUCUUAAUGAGGGUUGGAAGGAGUUGGGCCAGCGUGUCGAGACUGCGGUCCGCCAAGUCUUUGGCCACCUUAGCCCGCGUGAUCUCCUCAGCUUCGAGCAGUUUUCGGAGCUAACGCUUGCGGUGCGUAAGGCCGUCGAGGGCGCAACGCCCGAGGAGCGCCGGAACGCCAAGUGGCUGCCCUACCUCCUUCCGCCGCGGGACCGCGAGGACCAUGUCCUCCGCGAAUCCGGCAUCUUGGAGGAGAGCACCGUCAUUCUCUCGGAAAGCACAACAUCCCAGUCUCCGUCUUCGUCGCCCGCAGUUAGGAGGUUGCUUGACGAGACUUCAGAUCUGAUUGAGUCACCUUCCUUCACGCACGUGCUUACUCUUCUCCUGGACGCGGGAUUUUCAGCACUCGUCGACAAGAAGCUUGCAUCGGCAGCUUUUGACAAACCGGACCUCGCGCAGUCAGAGCCUCGCACUUCACAGGUCGUACUGCUGCCAAAGAUCCUCUCCGUGCUCACGCGGCAGGCACACGUAAUCGGCAACGGCAUGCCGAAUGAGUACCUCCAGGAGAUGGAGCAGGUGGGAGACCUGGAAGGGUUCGCGGCCGUGGUGUACUCGAGCAACUGGGAGAAUGAGAUUCAGCAGGAGGAAGGGGACAUCAUGGCGAGCGCCGUAGACGUGAGAGCUAGCGAGAUACCGCCGCGGCCUAGUCAAGCAACCACCAAUAUCCCGAGCCAGACGCAAGGGGUAACGACACAGGGGACAGGUGAGGAGAGCGUUGUCGUCGUGGACCCGCAGACCAGCUUCGAGAGCGCGUGGGGAAGAGCCGUGGAGAACAAGUGA